AUGUCGUCCAAACUCAACGCCUUCAAUUCACACAAACUGUGUACUUUGUUCAGCGACGACGGUAAAUCCUACAUACACACAAUCCCCAGCUCAACAUCGCCAGGGGGGUUGAGGAUAGAAACAUGGUGUAGGGUCAAGGAUGUUGGUGAAGGCGCAAACGGCAAGGUCCAUAAGGAAUCCUGUCGCGAGAACGGAACAGUCAGAGCGGUAAAGGUUAUGAAGAAGGCGACAAAUUCCGAGGCCGCAUUCAUUAGGGAGCUAUCAACUUUGGUGAGAAUGAGCUCGCACCCAGAUCACUUUGUUCAGCUCUUUGGGUGGUUCGAAGACGAGGCCAACUACUAUAUCGCUAUGGAAUACAUGGAAUGCGGAGACCUCCAUUCCAUGAUCACUCAUGGCUUGACUAUAGAUCAGAUCAAGGCUGCUUCGAGACAGCUACUUUUAGGGUUAGACAUCAUGCACAACCUCGGAUUCUGUCACCGAGAUCUAAAACCAAAGAAUAUUCUCAUUGCGAAAUGGUUUCCUUUGACCUUAAAGAUCGCAGACUUCGGGACAACAAAGAUAGCAGGGGCAGGGACGCCUCUCACGACGUUCACGGGCACUCCUGACUAUCUUGCUCCAGAGAUCCUGUAUUCCAUGAACAUUGAUUCUGAUACCUAUGAGUACACAAAACUCGUCGAUAUAUGGUCACUUGGAUGCGUAGUGUACACAAUGGCGACCAAGCACGCACCAUUCCCGGGGAAUCAAGGGCUAACACAAUAUACUUCGGGGCAAUCGCCGUUCCCAGACAAGGGAUUGGAGGCUGGGAUGAGAAGAUUCAUAAUGAGCCUCAUGCGGCCACUCCCGCAGGAUAGGCCCACGGCCACUGAGGCAUUGACGGACCCGUGGCUUCAUCCAGGUGCGGAUACAUGGCCAUGGCCUAUAGGGGGAGGCCCACAAUCUGGAGAUACUUGGAUUCACCUGGAUGCUACAAGACCCACGUAUCAGAAUGAAAAGGUCAUUGAGGCUCCUCCUCACCUCCAGCCAAACGCCGCUACAAUAAGGUCCCAGAUUUAUCGCCCUCGUUGGAUCGUCCCAACAAAGCCGGAUAUGAGAGCGCUAUCUCUGCAAGGUCAAAUAGAGGUAAUAAAACCUCUGAAACAUCAACGCAUCGGGCGUGACGAAAAGUCAUUACAACUUGGAAUCGGCAGGUCUGAGCCAGAACUAGCCCUAGUUGCGUCAGAUAUAAAAGGAAAACCCUUGUCAGGAGGAAAGAUCAAACCGAGUCCGCAUGAACAAAUAAAACUGAGAUCGAGAGGGGACGCUCUUAUAGAGGGUGCAGCAAACGGACGCAGCAACAUUGUCCAAUCCAUGCUCGAGAGAGGUGCAGAUAUAUCUCACAAGGACAGAAAUGGAGACACAGCAUUACAUCGGGCCAUUCAGAACGGCCAUAAAGACAUCGCUCUCUUCCUUCUUCACCGCGGCGCAGAUAAGAUGGCGAAGGGGUUUGGGGGGGCAACUCCUUUUAUCCUUGCGGCUCGAUGUGGGUUCUUGGAGUUGGUCAAGUUACUGCUAAAUGAUGCAAGUGACCUUUUAGCGACGGAUAGUAAUGGGUUUACAGCGUUGCACGUAGCAUCCCAGAACAAACGUCGGGAUGUGGUAUCUUUUAUUCUCGGGCUUAAUGCGGAAGACCAGCUGGAAGUCUCAACCGACCGAGACAAAAUAUCAACAGGCGUUCCGGUCAUCUCACGCUGGGCGCAAGUAGUACAUGUAGUACUAGAGAUGCGUGUAGGUCCUUAUGGAUUCACAGCCCUGCACUCAGCCGCUUCCACCGGGGAUUACAAGACAGUGCAGCUACUGUUGAAGGGUGGUGCGGAUGUUAGUUCGAGAGCUGGCGAUAAUUCUACCCCAUUAACAGUGUCCGCUACCGAUGGUCAUUACAGGAUAGUGGAGCUAUUGUUGGACCAGGGUGCGGAUAUCUCAGAGAGGGGCCACCACGAGUACACAGCGCUACACCUGGCGGCAGAGGUGGGACACACUAAUGUGGUGGCAUUGUUACUGGAGAGGGGAGCAGAUAUCACCGCGAAAGAAGACAGAGGGUAUACACCACUGCAACGGGCUGCUGCGAGUGGGUUCGACACCAUUGUUGAGAAAUUGAUCAGUCGGGUCGAUAUGGGGAAUUCAACAAAAGCUGUCACCCCCGCCAGGGUCCAUAGCUCACCGCCGGCCACCGAGUGGGCUAAGAAGGAGGAUCCCAGUAUCCCGACUGCUGGGAGAAACACUUACACUAUGAUCGAAGUGGUCAAGAGGUCCAUCAUGAAACGGUCAGAGAUCCAGCAAAGUCAUCAAUCCAUAACAAUCACUCGUCAGACAGACCAGCAUGCAUCUAGAAUUGAGCUACGAGGAUCACUUGGUGGGAAGAUAAAUGGCAGCAAAACCGCGGCAGGGGUCGCGGGUAAACCAGUAAACGAAAGCAAACUCCUCGAGCGAGUCGAAAAUUCCACCACCCAUGAGGAGCUCCUUUCCGGUACGAAGCAGAUAUCGGGGGAGCCGGAGACACACUUGCAGAAGAUACAAAUGUCGAAAGCGAACGCAAAAUCUAAAAGACAGCAGGGCACUAGGAAACGUGUGGGAAAGAUACUGAAGCGGUCGUGUGUGGUAUCAUAG